ACUACCAAGAAUGCUUUUGGUUUGCACUUGAUUGAUUUUAUGUCAGAGAUUCUUAAACAGAAAGACACAGAACCAACCAACUUUAAAGUAGCUGCUGGUACUCUGGAUGCUAGCACCAAGAUCUAUGCAGUGCGUGUGGAUGCUGUCCAUGCUGAUGUAUACAGAGUCCUUGGAGGGCUAGGCAAAGAUGCACCAUCUUCAGAAGAAGUAGAGGGCUGUGGUGCAGAUGGAAGUGCUACUGAAACAGGAACAACCAAAAAGGCUCCAAAGCCAAAGAAGAAGCAUUUAUACAAAACCAUUGAGCAGAAUAUAAACAACCUCAAUGUCUCUGAAGCAGAUCGAAAAUGUGAGAUCGAUCCUAUGUUUCAGAAGACUGCAGCUUCAUUUGAUGAAUGUAGCACAGCAGGGGUAUUUCUCUCUACCAUCCACUGCCAUGACUAUAGAAGUGAGCUGCUUUUUCCUUCUGAUGUCAAGACUCUCCCCACUGGAGAACCUCUUGAGUUGCCAGAUUUAGGCUGGGUAGAAAUGACAGAUUUAAAAGGGCCCUUGCAGCAGUGUGCAGAAGAUCGCCAGAUCUGCCCUUCCCUGGCUGGAUUCCAGUUUACUAAGUGGGACAGUGAAACACAUAAUGAGUCUGUGUCAGCCCUAGUGGACAAGUUUAAGAAGAAUGACCAGGUAUUUGACAUCAAUGCCGAGAUUGAGGAGAGUGACUGUGAGGACUUGCCUGAGGGCCCCCUGGAGGAUGACUUUGAUGCCAAUGAUGAAGCUGACCACCCUGAAGCUGGGGAUCAUGAGGAGUUCAGGAGCUGGAAGGAGCCCUGCCAGGUUCAAAGCUCCCAGGAGGAAAUAAUUUCUCUUGGAGACAGAGAUAUUAGGACCAUGUGCCCUCUUCUCUCCAUGAAACCUGGAGAAUAUUCCUAUUUCAGUCCCCGGACUAUGUCGAUGUGGGCUGGCCCAGAUCACUGGCGCUUUAGGCCUCGACGCAAACAAGAUGCUCCUUCCCAAUCAGAGAACAAAAAGAAGACUACAAAGAAAGAUUUUGAAAUUGAUUUUGAAGAUGAUAUUGACUUUGAUGUAUGUUUUCGGAAAACAAAGGCUGCUACUGUUCUGGCCAAGUCCACUUUGGAGAACCAGAAUUGGAAAGCCACCACUCUUCCUACAGAUUUCCACUAUGUUGUCGAUACUCUCGUCCAGCUUCAUCUCAAACCAGGCACCAGGUUACUUAAGAUGGCCCAGAGCCAGAAGGUAGAGACUGAGCAUUAUGAAGAAAUUGAAGACUAUGAUUACAACAACCCUAAUGACACCUCCAACUUUUGCCCUGGACUACAGGCUGCUGGCAGUGAUUAUGAAGAGUCAGAUGACUUAUUUGUGGGACCAACACAAGAGAACGAUGACAAUCCUGAGGUCCAAGGAUUAGACAUCACAACAUAUGGGGAGUCAAAUCUGGUAGCUGAGCCUCAGAAGGUGAAUAAAAUUGAAAUUCAUUAUGCAAAGACUGCCAAAAAGAUGGAUAUGAAGAAGUUGAAGCAGAGCAUGUGGAGUUUGCUGACAGCAAUCUCUAGAAAGGAAGCAGAUGCAGAGGCAAACCACAGUGGAACUGGAAAAGAAGGGGCUCCAAUGGAGGUGGCUGACAAGAAGAUGCUCAGCGAGCUUGCAAAGGACCUGCAGAAAAGCCUGCCCACUGUCAUGGCUCAGAACCUCUCUAUACCUCUGGCUUUUGCCUGUCUUCUGCAUUUAGCCAAUGAAAAGAAUCUAAAGCUGGAAGGAACAGAGGACCUUUCUGAUGUUCUUGUGAGGCAAGGAGUCUGAAUUCCCUGCCGAGAAGUCAGCAGCAGGAGGCUCUUCACUUUUUCAGUGGCCGGGACAUCCCCACUCUGAGUGAAGGAAAGAUGGAGUGGGCUUGUGGCAAGGCUGUCAUCAACUAUCAAAGUGCCUUUAUGCCUGAUGCUCUUCCCUUUGUCUCCAGUGCAGUCUGGGUGCCUGCACUCUGAAGCUCUGUCCUUGACUGAUGACAGCUUUCUGUCCUAUGGUGACCACCUAGGAGUGGGGAGGGCAGAGAGGAUGAGGGUUCUAUUCUGGAUUAU